AUGGCAACAGCCGCAUUUUCUUCACUCCUUCAGCCAGAGAAACAAGAAGCGACUUCAGGAGAAGCUAUUCCAACUCCAAGCAGCUCCAGUGCUUGGCAAUCAUCAGGAUCUAUUGGUCCAUUUUUUGCUGUCAUCGUUAUUCUUACGAUUCUUGCUGUGCUCUCUUGCUACUUGACUCGCAUGUGUAAGCGGAGGGAACUUACUCCAUUGGAGAGUAUCAAAGGUAGAGGCUGUUUUGGAUGGAUGAAACGUCGCUGUCGAAAUUGUAUGGGAAGAGAUCUUGAAGUUGGAGGCGUUGGGGCUAAGGUUAUGGUUUGUGAUGGAGAGGAAAUUGAUUCUAAGGUUAAAGAUGGUGAUGUUCAAAUUUAA